AUCUGUUAUGAGUGAGUGUCCCUGAGAACCACCAGUGUUGAGGGUGAGGGAGGCAGACUUUGUUUACUUGACGCGGCCUGUACAGCAUCAUGCCCAAAUACUAUUGCGACUACUGUGACACGUACCUGACACAUGACUCGCCAUCGGUGCGUAAGACUCACUGCCAGGGUCGAAAACACAAAGAGAAUGUCAAGAUAUAUUACCAGAAGUGGAUGGAGGAACAAGCUCAGUCACUGAUUGAUGCAACGACUGCUGCAUUCAAAGCUGGGAAGAUCCCCAAGGGAGCAGCCAUUCCACCACCCUCCAGUAUGCAGGGUGGUCCAGGGGGCCCACCAGGUGGGCCAGGAGGACCAGGUGGACCAGGGCCUCAGAAUAUGGGUGGCCCAGGGGGUCCUCCAAGAGGUCCAGGUAUGGGCAACAUGGGCCCUCCUGGCAUGGCUGGUGCAAAUAUGCCAGGCAGCAUGGGUAUGCCCCCGAUGGGUCCACGAGGGCCCAUGAUGGGACCACCAAUGAUGGGUGGCCCACCAGGUCCGGGGAUGCCACCAGGCAUGAUGCCAGGUAUGCGACCUCCAAUGGGUGGCCCCAUGGGACCAAUGAUGAUGGGGCCCGGUGGAAUGCGACCUCCGAUGAUGGCUGGACCUCCACAGAUAAGACCGUAAAUCAUAUUUUUGAUAGACUUAUUAGUGGAGGCUAAUGUGCACUACAGAAAACUUUGGCUACUUGGUGACCUUAAGACAGUUAUACAAUUUUGGAUUAUGCAGAUACAACAUUAACUUUAAACUUACUAUUGAAAUUUAUUCUGACUUAUGUUACAAUAUAUAUGAAAGAAAGAGUAAGUUGUGGUAAAUCACUUUUCACCCCAAAACAAUAGACCCAAUAUUAAUGAGCUCAAAAAAUAUUACACCAAAGAAAUUGCUUUGAAGAAUGUAGUAAUGCCUGACUAAUGCAGUUAUUGUAGUAGUGUACAGUAUGUUGGUAUUAUACCUGGACUCAUACCCAGUCCCAUCCAUAUUUUAGGUGUCAUGUGAUCCUUUUCAACCACCUCAGUCAAUGAACAUCUGUACAUCUUAAUGUUAAGAGAUUCCUCAUUGGAAUAAUUCCUCAUUUUAUUAAUUGGUCUCAUUACUGAAUGAGACUUUGUGCGCGGAUUGAAGGUUUUAUCAGCAUGUAUUAUAAAAGCGCAUUUAGAAGUAGGAAAAAGUAACAAAGGUGCAGUUAAGAAUUCUCAUUUCAGUGGUGUAUAGUUUAAUUGUGACAGUGAAGUAUAGAUGUGAAGCAGAGAAAAGUAUUGCUCAUGAUGUUUUCUCAGGCAAACUGUUUAGGAUUAUUAGAGAUAGAGGAAAAUUAGACAAACAGUUUUUAAUAUAUAGCAGUGAAACAUAUCACCUAUGCUUGAUUACAUUUUUAAACUAACUCUUGAUUGAGAAACAGUUUUUGUUGAUGGGACAACUUGUCCAUUAGUAAAACAUUGGUUCCUGGUCAAGGUUGAUAUAACAAUUUAUAACUUGCUGUAGGGGGUGUGUGUGUUGUUGUUGAACUGCUAUCAUGGACCACUUAUCCAUUUUUGCAGCUAUCUAUUUCAAAUUGAACAGCUAAAUUCCAGAUAUAUUAUGUGUCGUACCACUUGAUCGUUGAAGACCUGGGUCUUGGAUUAGUUGGGGUUUUGAGUAGAUUUUUAUAACUUAACAAGCUGUCUGACUCAUGUUUGGUAUACUCUAUCUGGUUUAUAUUGUACUUAAAAGAUGUACGAAGUGCUGUAGUCUUUCAUAUGUUGAUCCAAUGUUGCGAAAUAUGAAAUCUAGCUCGGUAUUAUUCACACAGCCUCUCUUUAUAAGGUCUGUUGAGCCUAUAAUGAAUUAUUACCAACAUUAAUGCACUAUGUCUGACUACUAAAUUAGCAUCUUCUUUCAUACCCAUAUUACAAGGCACCAUAAAAAAAAUGUCUUUUAUUAUUAGAAUUAGAGUAGCUUCCCACUGUGUGGGUUGGCUGCUGUAGAAUAUAUUUGUAUUAUCUUGGACAAGGAUUCAAGUUUAACACAGCAAAUCCUACAAGUACCAUUAUGAGCAUCUUGGUAGUACUGUACUGUAUGUAAAAUGGCCUUCUGUUUUCCAGAAGAUAACUUGUGUGUUUGAAGUAUAAAUGAAUGGUUGUAAGUUUGUUUAAAUUGGCUUCUGUAAGUAGGAGUCAAUGAAGUUUUUAAUUAUUUACAUACAGUUUGAGAAAAAAUUUGUGUUUUGUAAACCUUAUAUAUAAUGAAACUCGGCAUUAAGUGGCAAGGAGCCCCAGAGUAAGAGAAAAGUGAUAGAGAAUAACAACAUUUGCUGUGUUGUGGAAAAACUUUAAAAUGUAGAAGGAAAACUUCUCCGUGAACUAGUGACACUGCACCACUGUACUAUAUUCACCUUGGUAUGAGAGCACCAUUUGUCUAUCUUGUGAUUAACAGUGCAAGUUCACACUGGUUUCUUGCAUGUCUUAUGACAUUU